GUAAGAUUGCGCCGCGCUCCUACGUCUGUUUUGUUUUGGCUGAGGAAAGCGUGUCUAAACUCCUGGUGACGCAGCUGAGAUCCAUGUGACACUAUUAUAAAGAUGGCGUUUAUUAAAGAGGAGAGUGAAGACAUCAGGAUUGAAGAAGUAUUCAGUGUGAAACAAGAAGAUACUGAGGAACAAACAGCCUCAUGUGAUUGGACCGUUCUCAAUGACUCCUAUUCCCGCACAGUGGCUUGUCAAUUGACUGGUACUGAUCAAUGUGGAAGCCAGCAAGCCCAAUUUCUCUUUGAGAUGAAAGAAAAUUCCGUUUUAUCUUUACAAAAAUACCCUUUUACAAAGCGUUCACACAAAGAAAAAAAAAGGAUCAAGGAGCUUGGACCAGAUCAACCCAACUUGCAAAUUCAGCAGCAGUCAAGUAAUCGCGGGCGAAUUUACACUCGGGCCUUCUCCAGCACUUCUUACGGCAAGCGGAGUUGGCUAGCUGGAUGCAAUAUAAGUCAUGCCUUUUAUUGUUUUCCCUGUUUGCUGUUUCAAAAUCCUGGCACUGAAACAUCGUGGACAACGACAGGGGUACGUGACUUAAAACACCUCUCAGAAAAGUGCAAACGGCAUGAAAGUAGCCGCAGCCAUCUUGACAACGCUAUGAGGCUACAGUUUAUCGGGAAGCUUAGCAUUGCUGAACAGCUAGAUGAAGGCUACAGGAUUGGCAUUAGAAGACACAAUGAGGAGGUCGCAAAAAAUCGGCACAUCCUUUCUAGAAUAAUAGACUGUGUGAAAUUUUGCGGCGCGUUUGAGCUGGCUUUGCGUGGCCAUGAUGAGAGCGAGAGCUCGGAUAAUCCCGGGAUAUUCCGCGGCUUGGUGGAUUUCGUUGCUUCCCUUGAUGGAGUGUUGAAAGAGCACCUUGAGAAUGGCACUUUGUUUAAGGGAACCUCGAAAAUGGUGCAGGACGAGCUGUUGGACUGUAUGUUGUCUGUCGUGAAGGAACACAUAAUCAAAGAAGCACAGAGCAGCGAUUUUCUCUCCAUCCAGGUCGACGAGACCACUGAAAUCGCCACACAGUGCCAACUUGUGCUUGUGCUGCGCUACAUUGAUGCCAAAAGCAAUGUCCAGGAGAGGUUUUUUGAGUUUAUUCCACUGCAUUCGGCUACAGCUGAUUCCAUCGCCACAGCACUGAAAGAGCGUCUCGCUGUCAUCCUUCCUGAGGAUCAGAGGGGUAAACUCAUCUCCCAAGCAUAUGAUGGAGCCAGUGUGAUGAAGGGUGCCACUGCAGGUGUUCAGAAGAAGAUACAAAAUGUCUACCCAAAUGCCCACUACAUCCACUGCUACGCACAUCAACUCAAUGUAAUAAUACAACAAGCCACUUCUCACAUACCCAAAGUGAGAAUUUUUUUCUCUGACCUUGGAGGAUUUGCCAGCUUUUUUUCGAGAUCACCCAAGCGCACAGACGUUCUUGAUAAAGCAGUGGCCCAUCGACUACCAACUUCAAGCAAUGUUAGGUGGAACUUUCACAGCUGUGCCGUCAAUACCGUGUUCGAGCACAGGGAAGACCUCAUCCGCUGCUUUGAAACCAUACGAGACUCGGGUGACUUUGACCCUGUUACCGUCCGAGAGGCAGGAGCCUUUGCCAUGCUGCUUGAGGAUCAGGAUUUUAAGUUCUUUCUGCAACUUUUCCACAACAUCCUACCGCAUGUGGAACUCCUCUUUACUCGACUCCAGAAGAAAGACAUCGAUUCGGCCCACAUCAAGAGGAGCAUCCAGCAGUUCCAGCAGGACAUCGAGAAGAUCAGGGAUUCUCACCCUUCCCUGGUUGACCAACGCAGUGCAGGUGGUUCUCAAGCGAAGAGGCGCCGGUCGCUUAUUCCAGAGGUCCAUGAACGGAUUGCAGCAGAGGUCUGCGAUACCACACUGAGACACAUCAUGGAACGGUUCUCCUUCACAAACCACCUUGUUAGUGCCACCUUGCUGCAAGGAGACAGGUUUGAACUGUUCAUGGUGCUGUUUCCUGAAGAUGCUCUAAACAAGACUUUGAAGGCCUAUCCAGUGCUCAAUGGGAGUAAGCUGAAGACAGAGCUUAGUCUCAUCUACUGCAAGGAAGACUUCAGAGCCUGUUGUGGUGCUGUGGAUCUACUCCAGCUGUUUAUUGAGAACAAUCUUGAAGAAAUCUUUUCAGAGACUGUUACUCUCCUAAAGAUCCUCAUCACCACACCCAUGACAACAGCAGAAGUUAAGAGGUGCUUCUCAACCUCGAAAAGAGUUAAGACUUUUCUGAGAAACAGCAUGAACCAGGAGAGGUUGAAUGCAUUGGCCAUGCUGUCAAUGGAAAAGAAACUGGUGACUGAGAUAACUGACUUUAACCAGAAGGUCAUUGAGAAAUUUGCUAGCCAAAAUGAACAGAGGUCGAUAUUUCUUUUCAAGUAGUGCUGUACUGGCCAGUGUUUGGGCAACAUUACAAUGUGUGUUUGACAUUGUAAACUCAAAUUCAUUGAUUUGUGGUACCUUUAUUUUUGCAUUUUUAGCUAAGCAGUAAUGAUACAUCAUCACCUGUUAAAAAUAUGUAACAAUUGCAUUCAGUCCUUCAUUACUAACAGUUGGAUUUUCACUUUGUUUUUAGCACCAGCCGCCACUGAGAAUUACAGUAUUUCUGUCUCGGCGAGUAUUCAUGCAAACAUGAUCUGUUGUGUCUUAAAUGAACGCUUGGUUAACUGUUGGGGAAAAACAUCUGAUGUGUAACAUUAUAUUAGAUCCGUGC